AGUUGAAUUGGACUGUCAGGGAGAGUACAUCUCAAUGCAGCUCUCUGACAGUAUAUCAAAUAUAUACUUCCAGACAAUAUCUUUUUAUAAAAAUUUUUACAUCGAUUUUCUUUUGGGGUUUUUUGCAAGACAGUCUGCGAACAACUUACUGUGGUUGUUUUGUUUUCAUUACUCUUUACACCGUCAUUCUGCAAAUUCUUCAUUUGGGUGCUAGCUAGCUAACGUAACAGUAACAUUAGUUGCUACCGCUUGAUUCUUUCCGAUUUGUCCACGUUCAAGGAUUUUUGGACCUCCGACGAACAUAUAUCAAAAUAGAUUUGAGCUAGUUUGUAAGAAAUGGAUUUUAAAAACUUUCCCAGCGAUUUCAGCCCUAUCAACGCUAACUUGAUCAACAGGCCCGACAGAAUCCACAGACUUUCCUCACUGUCGCUGCCCGACGUUGCUUCGACUUCCAUCAAGAAUAAUCUAUUCUCUCCUGGACCAACAAAUGUACUGUCACCCGUCACUAAUCUGGCCCUAAACAUGAACAAUCUAGCUGGACUUGGAAGCCAAAAAUGUGAAACUCCCAAGAGGAAAGGACAUGUGCCCCUUCUGAAGAUUCCCUCUUUCGCCUCCGACUGCUCGUCUGAUGCUGGUCUUGGUAUGGAUUCCCCUUUGGACCAUGUGGAUGUUGAGGAGAGGUUUGACAUGGCCGUUCUUCAGUGUGGGAGCGUUGCCAACGAUAAAAUGCCAAUCCGUAGAAUCAACUCUCUACCUAUGGUGUUAGGCUCCAGUCCGGCUCUGAAGAGUCCGGACCCGGAGAGCCAGCAGCACCGUUACGGGGCUUCCUGUGGACAUGGCUGGCAGGACAACAAGGAGAACCAGGAGGAGGAUGGGGGUUUUGAGUUUAAGAAGCCCACCAAACCAGCGUCUCGCUGCCGUAUGAGGUCCUUCCAUAGUGGAGGAGGAGACAACAAGGCCUUCGCCCGCCGGCCCAACUCUGCCCCAGCCCUCAUGCUGUCCCCGCCCUCGUCGCAGCGCCUCAGCUCAUUAGACGACAGCAGCCCCAUGAUCCUGCGGCGCUCUUCCUUGACCUGCUCCCUUAAUGAGGAUGAUGACGGUUUCCUCGAAGUUCUGGAUGACUGUGAGGAAGAGUGCGAAAUGCCCAUGGGGAUGGCCAGCCUGCUCACCGCUCCUCUAGUGAGGGACAACGCUGCAGCGGACUCGCCGGUGGUCCGGUGUCGACCGAGGGGUCUGUUCCGCUCCCCCUCCAUGCCCAGUCAGGUGGUCCGCGCCCCCCUGAAGCGCCCUGAGCGUCCCCGGGAUGAGAACACGCCGGUCAGGGUGAAGCGACAACGCAGCCUGGUGGAAACGCACAUCACCACCGUGGACCAGGACAUCUGCUCUCCCAGAAAGAUGUCGUUCUGUAACCACACUGAGAUUGAGAAGCUGCUGGACACUAGUGAGUCUGACAAGGAGUUGAUUGGGGAUUUCACCAAAGCCUGUGUCCUGUCCACUGUGGAGGGCAAGCACCAGGACCUGAAAUACAUCACUCCUGAGAUGAUGGUGUCCGCUCUGAGCGGCCAGCUGGAUCAUCUUGUCGAGAGGAUCGUGGUGAUUGACUGUCGCUACCCGUAUGAGUUUGAGGGGGGCCACAUCAAAGGAGCCCUGAACCUCCACCAGGAGGAGCAGGUCGAGGAGUACCUCUUACGUACCCCCAUCGCCCCCCUCUCCCCUGACCGCAGGGUCCUCCUCGUCUUCCACUGUGAGUUCUCCUCAGAGCGAGGGCCCAGGAUGUGUCGUUUUGUACGCGAGAGGGACAGGACGAUGAACGAGUACCCUAACCUGCAUUACCCAGAAAUCUACAUUCUCAAGGGAGGCUACAAAGAGUUCUUCCCUCACUUCUGGAUGCAGUGUGGUAGUGGUUGUUACUGCUCUCUCUCUGUGUAGAUGCAGUGUGAGCCCCAGGGGUACCGGCCCAUGCACCACCAGGACUUUAAAGAGGACCUGAGGAAGUUCAGACUGAAGAGCAGGACCUGGGCCGGGGAGCGCAGCAAGAGAGACCUGUACAGCAGACUGAAGAAGCUGUAGCCCCCCUGUGACCCCUGCUGCCUCCCCCUGUGACCCCUGCUGCCUCCCCCUGUAACCCCUACUGUCUCUAGCCACGAGAGUGCUGUAACACACUGUCAUAUCGCCACUCUUCCACUCCUGAGAGACCACUACAGCCUUCCAGUCCCCAGCCAGACCACUACAGCCUUCCAGUCCCCAGAGGACUUCUUUUGGGUGUUCCAGUUUUACCCCUGUCUUUUAUUCCCCUACGUAUGGCCAUCCCCCUCUGUGACUGCUGAACCAAGAUCUGACCACUGUGCUUAAUGUGACUGCCAGACAUAAACGAGGACUAUAAUACUGCCUCGUUUAAAAUCAAGUCACUGCCAGAUAUAAACGAGGACUAAAAUACUGCCUAGUUUAAAACCGACAUAAACGAGGACUAUAAUACUGCCUAGUUUAAAACCAAGUCACUGCCAGACAUGACGAGGACUAAAAUACUGCCUCAUUUUAAAACCGUUCAACUGAUGUCUCCUCACUGGACAGAUGUGCUGCUCAGAAUGAAUGAAUGAAAUGUGAGUUCUGUAUAAUAUUACAUACUCUAUUUUAUUAAGCACUUAAUUUAAAAUGUUUUUUUUUUUUUUAGAUGGCCGUGAGGUAUUUUGUGUUCCUCCUGUGUGCGUUUUUUGUUUUAGACUUUUUGUUUUAAAAAAAAAAAAGUGAGAUUCUUUUUUAGAAAGCCUCUCCCUAGGCCAUAAUCACACACCCCUUCGUAAUGUGGAAGUGUCAUUUAGUAUUGUUUGUGAAUUGUGAGGAACUUCUUCUAAUAAUAAGUAUACAGUUUGUAAAGCUUUUGAUAUUGAUAAUCUAAAAUUAACCCGUCCGCAUCAACAUCCUCGCCGCCUUUGACCCAAAAAGUACAUUUUUAAAAACCUCGUUCCCUGCGUUCUCUUUUGAAGUGAAACGUUCAAAUGCUGCAGGUCAGCGAGUUGUCAGAGGGUCUAAGUGUCUCUCAAAUAGCACACUAUUCCCUAUGUAGUGCACUACUUUUGACCAGAGCCCUAUGGCCAAUAGGGUGCUAUUUGGGAUUUACCUCCAUUGUUGCGCUGUUUGUCAGUCACAAAGAGCCCUUCUGUGUGAACAGGAAGUGUGUUAGUGAUUGUUAAUGGAAGUGUGUGUGUGUGUGUGUUGGAUCAACAUUUUUGUAUUAAGGAGAGUUGCUGAAUAAAUCUCACUGAAACAA